GGAGGAGGGGGAACAAGAGACUCCACUGGUCACAAAACCUGAGAAAAAACCCUCAGUUGAACUGUUUGUGGAUGUCGAAAAACUUGAGGUGAGUGAGUUUGCGAGAGAGUGCCUCAUCUCUCUAACGGCACCCGUCAACAGUCCUCACUGGAUCAGGGAAGAAUCUGAGGAUCAGCGGUGGGCUGGAUAUCCUGGCCAACAUGGCAAUUGAUAGCUACACUGCCCUGGAGAAUGGAGGAGAGAGAGAGGCAGGAAAACUAAUGGCUCUGGAGAGGAUUCUCAAAUGUCUUGAAAAUGUGACACUGAUGAACAAAGACAACCAGUCAUAUCUGGUCAUCUUUGAUGGAUCUCUUCUCAUCUCAAAACUGCUCAAGUCAGUAUUUUAGUCACUAAAGU